GAUAUUGCAGUCGGUUGUGUUCACGUCGAACAUAUAGCUAGCCAAUAAUAUCAUAGCUCAGCUGACAGCAGAUCUAAAUUAUGUGAGUUAAGGGAUGCUAGCAGUAAUUUUCUCAUAAAUGGAGAUCCCGACUUUGAAAACAGUUUCCAGAUUGAACUGAAGUCACUGCGAUUAAUUGACCUCCUGGUUCGAACGGUGCUUCGUGGACAUAACGCCGACGAGAUUGGGAAUUAGUUUACUGUCGGCAACCCCCCCCCCCCCCCCUUUGCAAGUGCCGAAAACUUUGGAUCGCAAGGCGGCGCGACAGAGGGGGGCAGUAGUAGAGAGCUAAGGGGGAUUCGAUCGGGAGAGAGGCAGGAUAAUCUGCGUGUGGACGGACAGGGGCGCCACGGCUGCUCAUUCUGUUCACUGUAUCCACCUUGUUGGAUAGAUAGUUAUCCUCAAAAUGAGAUUAAAAGUAGGAUUUAUUCUUCGUAGUUUAAUGGUCAUUGGCACAUUUUUAGGUCUCGUUGUGCUUUGGUCUUCUCUUUCACCGAAACCGAACGACGAUAACCCUUUUGGUAGAGCGGACUCUAGAGAUGGAGAUGAUAAAAAUGCUAAAAAUGACGUUGUGGAUCAGUUGAAGCCCAUCGUUCCGUGGCCUCGAGUGGAAGGUGUGGAAGUGGACCUGGAGUCAAUCCGUCUGAAGAAUGAGGGGAAAAAGGGCCCUGACCAGAACCCCAAGGGUGCGGCACAGAACCAGCAGAACAUCAUGCAGAAGCAGUACAUCACCUUUAAGCCUCACACCAACAUCUACUCUGACCCGGUCUUGACACGCGGCGUGCUGGGUAACUUUGAACCCAAGGAACCUGAACCUCACGGCAUCCCCAACGGACCAGGGGAGGGCGCCAAACCUUUCAUCCUGGGUGCAGAGUACAAAGAGGCUGUCCAGACCAGCAUCAAAGAGUUUGGCUUCAAUAUGGUGGCCAGUGACAUGAUCUCCCUGGACCGGACCAUCAGCGACAUACGACAUGAGGAGUGCAAGUACUGGCGUUACGACGAGAACCUGCUCACCGCCAGUGUAAUCAUCGUCUUCCACAACGAGGGCUGGUCCACGCUGAUGAGGACCGUGCACAGCCUCAUCAAGAGGACCCCCAGAAGAUACCUGGCCGAGAUCGUGAUGAUCGACGACUUCAGCAACAAAGCUCACCUGAAGGAGAGGUUGGAGGACUACAUCAAGCAGUGGAACGGCCUGGUCAAGCUGUUCCGCAACGAGAGGCGUGAGGGUCUGAUCCAGGCCCGGAGCAUCGGAGCCCGCAAAGCCACCGUGGGCCAGGUUUUAAUUUACUUGGAUGCUCACUGUGAGGUGGGAGUGAAUUGGUACGCCCCGCUGGUCGCCCCCAUAUCCAGGGACAGGACCGUAUGCACAGCCCCCCUGAUCGAUUCCAUUAGCGGUCAGGCUUACCACUUUGAGGCACAGGGGGGAGGGGACAAGAACGGCUUGGCCAGAGGAGCGUGGGACUGGAGCAUGAUCUGGAAGCGCGUCCCGUUGGGUAGCAAGGAGGAUCGGAGGAGAUUAACAAUAACUGAGCCUUAUCGAUCCCCCGCUAUGGCCGGUGGGCUUUUCGCUAUCGAGCGAGAUUUCUUCUUCGAGUUGGGGCUUUAUGAUCCAGGUCUCCAGAUCUGGGGAGGAGAGAACUUUGAGAUAUCCUACAAGAUUUGGCAGUGUGGGGGCAAGUUGCUGUUCGUGCCGUGCUCCCGCAUAGGACACAUAUACCGCCUACAGGGCUGGCAGGGAAACCCUCCUCCCGCCCAUGUCGGCUCCUCGCCCACCCUGAAGAACUAUGUCCGUGUGGUGGAGGUGUGGUGGGACGAGUAUAAAGACUACUUCUAUGCCAGCCGGCCCGAGACCCAGACGCUGGCCUAUGGCGACAUCAGCGAGCUGAAGAAGUUCAGGGAGGAGCACCGCUGCAAGAGCUUCAAGUGGUUCAUGGAGGAGAUUGCCUACGACAUACCCCAACACUACCCGCUACCUCCCAGGAACCUAGACUGGGGAGAGAUUCGAGGGUAUGAAACCAGCUACUGCAUAGACAGCAUGGGACACACUAAUGGGGGCAAUGUGGAAAUUGGGCCUUGUCAUAGGAUGGGCGGAAACCAGCUCUUCAGAAUAAACGAGGCCAACCAGCUGAUGCAGUAUGACCAGUGCCUGACCAAAGGACCGGAUGGCUCGGCAGUCAUCAUCAGACACUGCAAUCUGAAGGAAUUCACCGAGUGGAAGUACUUCAAGGAUCUCCACAGGUUCACUCACAUUCCUACGGGGAAGUGCUUGGAUCGGUCUGACAUCCUGCACAAGGUGUUCAUCUCCGACUGCGACAAGACCAAGAGCACUCAGAAGUGGGAGAUGAACAAUAUCGAAGCUGUCUAAGACUGUGACCCACGGAGCCUCGAGUACCGCCCACAGUGGACUCUCUCCCCACCCACCCCUGCAUCACAGCUGCUUUUCAACAUUUUGUAGUGUAAAAACUGAAAUGGCAACCAGUGGCAGUGAAUCUCCCACUUCUAAAAACCACUUGUACUAAUUACUGAUUUGUACAUGGACUGUUUACAUUUGCUCUUCAAAUCAUUUAUUUAAAGGUACUUAUAUGGGAUUUUGCUCAGGGGUCUAAAAAGCAUGUUGCUUUUAGAACUGCAAAAAUGUGUGCCCAGAGUGAAAGGUAUGGUAAUCUGGUAAGUAAAAGCGAAAUACUCUUGUUUAGGGUGACUAAGCUGUACACUCUUUUUGAUGUGUGUACUUUCAAAAAGUGUGUCAGUCCCUCUUAAGUAUGGUCCUUGUUGGACCAACUAUAUGAAGCAUUGACACUGGACUUCAAUUAUUGCUGGAGUUGCUGCCACUUUUAUUAAUAUGGAUAUUUUUGUCACAGUUAAACUCCAAAGUUUGAAUGUGUACAUGUUGAGCAUGGUUAUGAAGAAUAAUUAUUAUAGAUGUAAAAAGCAAAUGUAUAUUAUAAUUUUAAUGUCUUUUUUAACAAUUAUGGCUACAUACAGAUGCAAGUGAGCGGUUUGUUUAAACAACUCCCUCCUCUUGGAUGGGGAAAUUAAUUUGGAACAAGACUAGCAAUAUUUAAAUAUUGGUUAAUCUUAUCAACCCUAAAGAGGAAAAUCUGUAUCUUGUGAAUAAACAUACAUUCAUACAUGCAUACUUUAUUUAAUAUGAAAUGUAAAAACAUUUUGAUAUUGUAAUAAGUAGUUAAUUGGCCACUGAAUAACAAUCAUUGAAACACUGUGUAUGAGAUAGGACAUGCUUAACCAUCAAUGUAUGCAAAUUUUAUAUAUUGUAAAUAGAUAUUUGUUUCUACGUUCACAUGUUUGCAAUAUAUACUGUCCUGGAUGAUGAUGUAAAUAUUCACUUAUGAGAAGCAUUGGUUCUGUUUUUCUGGGAAAUAAACAUUAUGUUUUUACCUGCCCCCCCAA